AUGACGGCGUUUUCUGUUGAUUACGACAUAGAGGCCCUCAUUGACAAGCCGUUCAACACGGACACUGACAACAACUGGAACAAUGUCGCCAUCGUUACUCGAACCGACCAAGGAAUGGGCCUCACAGUCAUCAAACUGACCAUCAACCCACUGAAGAAUCCACUACAGAGAGCGGAAGUUUAUGACUCCUGGAAGAGGAUUGUGCUUACCAACCUCAAACACCACCAAAUGGACGGCCUUAUUGACAGUGAUCUUCCAAGACCGGCGAAGAACGCUAGUACAGCGAGUGCAUGGUUCAAGGCAUCCAAGACCAUUGGUGAAUGGCUCAUCGCCAACAUCAGUACCGAGAUCUACAACAAGAUCCAAGCUCGUACAACCGAAUCGCUUAUCUUUGCCGACGACAUCUGGAAAGGAAUAUACAAAGAGAUGCGCGGCUUCGGCAUGCACCAAGAGAUGAUGCAAUGUGGUGCUUAUGCUAGUCUUAGAAGGGAAGACUUCCCUACAACAGUCGCAUUCAUUGAUGAGUACUGUGCGCAGAACAUGAGGUUGAAGGAACGCAAGAUGGGUGUCGAGGCUUAUCAUGCAAUGAUGAUACUCUUGUUUCAAGUUCAACAAGUCGACGUACGUGACAUGGCUCUACAAACAAUGAAAGAGAAGAACCUCACUGCGCAGACGUUCACAUACAACAACUUCUGUGAGUAUUCACAAGAUUUGAAGGGUCGAGUCUUAAUCAGAGAAGGAGAACAGUCUUCCUCUUCUAUUCCUGCAUUUAAUGGAACUUCUUCUUCUUCUUCCAACGACUCCAACAAGCCGGAUAUCAAUCACAUGAUCCCAUUUGAUUCCACCAGUUAA